GCGGUGGGCAGACGCGGGCUCACGUUGGCGAGGUGCCGUCGGGCGCGCCGCGUCUUGGGCGUGAGGCCACAGAGGGCGAGGCCGCUGACGGGGACUCGCGAGCUGCAGCGGCUGAGGAGAGAACGCGCUUCAGGCUCCUUGGUGCCCUUACACUUCGUUCCCCGCGGUACACCCUCGGCUGGGCCGCUAGACAGCCGGGCCGACGCGCGAGUUAGCCCCAGACCCCGGAAUCCGUGGUUCUGAAGUUCUCACUGGAGGUGGAGCCCUUAUUACGUGUCUGGAAGUUUCAAAGCGCCCGUUCCGAGGACUCGGACAGCGUCACGUUAUCUGCAGAUGUCAAACCAUUUGUCCCCAAGUUUACUGGAUGCAAUAUGGCGUGGCCAGGGUCCUCCGAAGCCUGUGUCUUCCCCAGCUGUGCAGCCACUUACUAUCCAGUUCAGGAACCACCAGUGACUGAACAGAAAAUCUAUCCUGAAGAAAUGACCUUUGGAGCUUCAGCUUUCCCCUCUCAGUAUUUAUCUUCUGAGAUUACUCUUCAUCCGUAUGCCUAUUCUACUUACACGCUUGAGUCUACACAGAAUGUUUGCUCAGUGCCUGGCUCCCACUAUGAAUAUAACCAGCCCAGUUGUUACCCCGGUUUUCAAACGAUGAGGCCCCCUAAUGAGCACAUGUGCCUCCUCCCGCAAGACACAAAAUCUCUGUUUAAGAAAAAAAGCUAUGAUGAGAAGAAAGUGUAUAAUGAGGAGAAGUUUGAGAGUAAAAGGGCUGAUGCAACGAGAUCGUCUGAGAUGAAAUCAGCUAAAGGUUCACGUUUACCCAUUCAUGCUGAGAAUAGUUUGAAAUCAGAAGGAUAUGGUAAGCGAACAGACAGGAAAUCCAGAAUCAUCGCAAAAAGUGCAUCUACCUCCAAACCUGAGUUUGAAUUUAGCAGUUUGGAUUUUCCUGAACUACAGGGUCCAGGGACCAAAAACAUGCCACAGAUACAAAAGCAGCUCAAAUGGGGACCUCUCUGCUCCGCCUCUGCUGACAUUUCUGUUCUCGGAGAAGUGGGCAGACCAGCUGCAGUGGUGUCAGAGGGUGAAACAGUGGUGAAAAAGAAUAAUCUAAAUGAAUCUGUAACUGAUGAUGCUGCUACCAGUGUUCCUUCAUGUACAAGAGAGUUGUCUUGGACACCAAUGGGUUAUAUUGUUCGGCAGACAUUAUCUACAGAACUGUCAGCAGCCCCUAAAAGCGUUGCUUCCAUGAUAAACCUAAAGACCAUUGCUUCGUCAGCAGAUGCUAAAAAUGUUAGUAUGUCGUCUUCCGAAGUUUCAUCUCCGGAUCCUUCCUACAGCAAAGAGAAACAUGCUGUCCAUCCUACUAAAAAGUCCAAAGCAUCACAAGGUGGCGACCUUGAACAAAAUGAGUCCUCAAGAAAAAAUAAGAAAAAGAAAGAAAAGUCUAAGUCAAAAUAUGAAACCCUGACAGUUCAAGAGCCGCCAAGGAUUGAAGAUGCGGAGGAGUUUCCCAAUCUGGCAGUUGCAUCUGAGAGAAGAGACAGAGUCGAGUCACCGAAACUUCAAUCCAGGCAGCAUCCACAGAAUAAUUUUAAAAAUAGUGGGAAGAAGAGCCAGAUUCCAGUGCAGUUGGAUUUGGGAGGGAUGCUGACCGCACUGGAGAAGCAGCAGCACUCCCAGCAUGCAAAGCAGUCCUCCAGACCGGUGGUGUUCUCAGUGGGAGCGGUGCCAGUUCUUUCCAAAGAAGCCACGUCAGGGGAGAGGGGCCGCCGCUCUGGUCAGGUGAAGACCCCACACAAUCCCCUGGACUCCAGCGCCCCCCUCAUGAAGAAAGGCAAGCAGAGGGAGGUCCCCAAGGUCAAGAAGCCGACCUCAUUGAAGAAGAUUAUCUUGAAAGAACGGCAAGAGAGAAAGCAACAGCGUCUCCUGGAAAACACUGUGAGCCCCACUGUUGUCAGUGAGGAGCUGCAGGAUGUAGAGAGCAGUGCAGAGGAGCAGGCUCCCGGCCAGGUCGACCUCACAGGUCCAGGGGGAGCUGAGAAAGCAGUCCCCACACCCAUGGUUGAGGUCCAGGCAGAAGAGUCUUUGGGCACAGAGCUGCAGAACGAUGCCGAGGCCUGCCAGCCUGCUCCUGACCAUGCCGGCCUCCCCAAGAUCCACAGCCGGAGAUUCAGAGAUUACUGCAGCCAGAUGCUGAGUAAAGAAGUGGAUGCUUGUGUCACUGACCUACUCAAAGAACUGGUCCGUUUCCAGGACCGGAUGUACCAGAAGGAUCCUGUCAAGGCCAAGACCAAACGCCGGCUUGUGCUGGGGCUGCGGGAGGUUCUCAAGCACCUGAGGCUCAAGAAGCUGAAGUGUGUCAUCAUCUCUCCCAACUGUGAGAAGACACAGUCAAAAGGCGGGCUGGACGACACCUUGCACACCAUUAUCGAUUACGCCUGUGAACAGAACAUUCCCUUUGUGUUUGCACUCAACCGCAAGGCUCUGGGACGCAGUUUGAACAAAGCAGUUCCUGUCAGCGUCGUGGGCAUCUUCAGCUACGAUGGGGCCCAGGACCAGUUCCACAAGAUGGUUGAGCUGACGAUGGCAGCUCGGCAGGCAUACAAGACCAUGCUGGAGAACAUGCGGCACGAGCUGGCAGGAGAACCAGGGCCUCCGACCCCUCCCCAGCCUGUGCAGGGCCCCAGCUGCUCUGCAGAAGACGGUCCCCCGGCUCCCACCGAAGGCGAAGUGCCACACUACCUUGAAAUCUGGAGAAAACACCUGGAAACAUACAAUCAGUAUGCCCUGGAGCUAGAAGAAACACUGGAGGCUUCAACUGCUCACAUGAUGAACUUGAAUUUAUAGGAGGGCUCUUUCCAGUGUAUCUGUCUUUUGGGUAAGGAGGCGGGAGGUCUGAAAAAGACACUGGGACUUUGUCUGCUGCUCCGUUGUUCACUGCUGUCCUGAAUUCUGUAUGAUUGCUGAGUGUGCGCAUGAGCCAGCAUGAGAGGACACGCAGCAGCGGUUGUGGCCUCAUGGCACACAUCCCAUGGCGGGUGCUCAGAUAUCUUGUGGGGAUGCAGCUAUGGCUCUCUGAGCAACAGCGUGGACCUGGAAAGUUCUGGAAAAUGUGGUGCCGAGGUUGUUCUCCCUACAAAGGAAACGUUCUCUGUUGUAGCAAAGCUGAGCCAGGUGAGCUAAUUUUUGCAGCAGGCAGGGCUACAAGCUUCUGGGGGCCCUUGGUGUAGUGACAGCAGGAGGCGCUCUUGCCUUCCGUGAUCAGCACGGUCCUGCAGACAUGUGAGUCUCAGGGCAGGACGGCUGUGGCGAGGGCCCUUUCUCAGGGUGGGUGCACAAGAUUUGGAAGGUUUGCCAAAAUGAGCCUCAAAGGAAAACCGAUUUUCUGACCUGUGACUUUUUGACAUGAAUUAUUCCUGUUAGUCUAUUUUUCCGAGAAACGAUGUAUAGAAAUUCUAGAUUUCUGUUUGAUAAUCCUUACAUCUUCCUUUUUUAGAUGAGCAUAUUCUGAAUGUGGUUUGGUCUUGAGGGGAACAGUGUACUCUCCUGCUUUCCUUGUAAGAGGGUGUAUUUAUUUUGAAUAAAGAAUGGCUAUUUCGUUUCA